AUGCGGCAACCUGAUUGGUUGGUUGUGGGCACGGACCACCGCCGCAACAUAAGGACGGCAUCUGCUCAGCUUGAUGAACCCGAACUGAACCAGCCUGCUCACUCACACCUCACAAACAUGACUGUGCUUUCAUGGAUUGGAUCUCCGAGGGCGGGCCGGGCUGUCGACGGGUCGCGAAUGAUGCCGGACCACUCCAACAGCUGCCCGCCCUGCAUCUGCAUCUGCAUCUGCAUCCAGCAUCCCCUGUCUGGCCUCGGGUCAUCAAACUGUCCACCCCUCCGCACGCGAGUCCCGACGAUGAACGGUAUUACCUCGUACGCCAAGGCUGACUUCGGCCUUGGUCGGUACACAGGACCAGUCUAUGUCUAUUCCAGGCGGAAAGUUUUCCAUCUGCUCGUCUUCUGGGAGUUCCCUCACCUGGAACCUCUCGACAUCUCCCAGGGCAUCCUUUACUUCUGGUAG